AAAUAACAAAAAAAAGUUGAGUUGACGUUAAUUUAGACGUGAAAGCUAACGGAUGAAUAUCGGUUUAGCAAUCAUUGUUUUUCUUUCACACCUUGCUUUGCUUCCUCCCACUUCCAUUUCCUACCUAUCCUCCACACAAACAAGAAUCUAUCUUCCACCAAGGUGUGCUACAUCUUCAUUGUUACCGACAUAUAUAUAUAACACAGGUUAAUUGGAAGAAAAUUACAUUAUUUUUGGUGCUAGACGAUACCAUAAAGGCGGUUGUAGAGGAUCCAAAUUCUUAUCGCUCGAGUUUUCUUCGGUUUCGAUUACAAGAGAAUCAAGUUUUGAAAGGCCUCAAGUAUAAUUGUUGGAAAUUUGGAAUGAGGCCAGAUCAAUUGCAUGUUGCACAACAAAUUAGGAGAGAUAAAUUGAGGAUCCAGAAUCAAGAGUUUCCUAACAACAACAUUGAACAAUUGUUAUCAUUACACCAAACUUCACAACCUGCAGGUUUCAAUAACUUGGAUCUUCUUCAUCUCAGAAAUGCCAACAACAACAUGCUUGAUGAUCAUGAUCAAGAAGGUCUUUAUUCAUCUAAUCAAAUGAUAAAUAGUUUUUCAACACCAUCAAAUCCUUUACACAGAAACCCUUUGGAAUAUUAUUAUGAAAAUCAUGAAAUCAAUCCUAACUCUUUCUUGCCUACUUCUGAGAUUCACAAUAAUGAUAUUUUCAAGUCUUCAACUUCCAUUAGUUCACAUAGCACUUCAGAAAUGGCUUCUUUAAUGAAUCAUCAUGGCAUUUGGGGAGGUGGGAAUAGUAAUAGCCCUACUGUACCUGUAUGUCAUGAAAAUGAAGCAAAUUUGUGGACAAAUAGAGGUGUAACUGUUGUUGACAACAGCAACAUGGGUUCUUUCUUUAGUGAUUGUAACCCUCAAGGUUUAUCCUUGUCACUUUCAUCAAAUUCACAAUCCAAACCCUCAGCUUCAUCUUCCAAUUUUGAACAAGGUUCUUUAAAUGUUGUGAAACCAACAACAUUAAUUUCUAGAGACAGUACUUGUAGUAGUAGUGGUUUUAGGAAUGUUGGUCCACUUGGACCAUUUACUGGGUAUGCAACAAUUUUAAAGAAUUCAAGGUAUUUAAAACCUUGUCAAGAAUUAUUAGAGGAAUGUUGUUGCUUUGUCAAAUCCUUUGAAAAUAAUAACAAUAAUGUUCCUAAAUGGGUUUCUAGAGAUGUUGUUGGUUGUUCUAGUUCUGGUGGUGUUGAUGAAAAAGGUAGUAGUAAUUCAGGUGGUUCAUCUUCAAUGUUGUAUGGUUCAAAAGAGAAAGAGAAUAGUGGUGAUGGAGGAAUUGGGAAUAACUUUUGUCUUUCUUCUUCUGCUUCUUCUUCUCGACCAGAGUGCCAAAAGAAUAAGGCUCAAUUACUGUACAUGCACGAUGAGGUUACAAGAAGGUACAAGCAAUACCAUCAACAAAUGCAAAUGGUGGUUUCAUCAUUUGAGUCAGUAGCUGGUCUAAGUUCAGCUACACCAUACAUUUCAUUGGCUCUAAAGUCACUAUCAAGACACUUCAGAUGCCUUAAAAAUGCUAUCACAGAUCAACUCAAACUUACAUGUCAAGUAUUAGGAGAGGACUUUUCAAUACUACCAACAACCACAAGUAGCAGUAAUAAAUUUGACAGUAAUAAUAAUAAUAUGACAAGGCUAAGGUGUAUGAAUCAUCAUCAUAGCUUACAAAAGAACAAAUCUGGAGGGAAUAGUAAUGUAGACUUUGUUGAACCUCAACAACAGCAUGUUUGGAGGCCCCAGAGAGGGUUACCUGAAAGAUCAGUGGCAAUUCUUAAAGCUUGGUUAUUUGAGCAUUUUCUUCAUCCGUACCCUACGGACACUGAUAAACACAUGUUAGCUACUCAAACAGGUCUAUCAAGAAACCAGGUAUCGAAUUGGUUCAUAAAUGCUCGAGUCCGUGUGUGGAAACCAAUGGUUGAAGAAAUACACAUGCUUGAAUCAAAAGGCACAGCAGAAGCUCAGAAUCAGAACAAUGAUAAAAAUGAGGCAUGCAGAGUCGGAACGCAUGAAAAGCAAUUUCAGUGUUUGGAAAUGGGGUCAUCUUCAGGCAUUAACAAUGUUGAAAAGGUUAUUACAAAUGAAGAGCAAUGGAUUAAUAAUCUUCAAGAGAAGAGUUCUAAAUUGGAAAGUGAUCAGAUUACACCAAAUAUCGAUUCAACAGUUAUGGGUUUUAUGCCGUAUCAACGUGGAUCCGUGUCGCUGACUUUGGGUCUAAGACACGGCGUUGAAAGUGUACAACAGCAGCAACAACAGUUGCAGCAGGAUGUAGAGCUUAGACAUCAAUUUGGAGAGCACAUGAUCCAUGAUUUUGUGGGUUAAUUAGCUUAGCUGAUUAUCAUGUUUUCUAGAGAUUUGGAAAUGGAAUUGAAGGAAUAAUUGGAAUGAGGAAAUUUACCCUUCGCUAGACUUAAAGUUUAGAUGAAUUGAGUCGUGGAGGUUGGCCAGAGUGAAAUACGUUGUCCAACAAUUUGCUGGAGAAACAAAGGGGUGUUUACUUUUAAACUUGGCAAAGCCCCACAAAGUUGAGGUAGCAACCGGGUUGAGAGUAGUAAGCAGCUAUGUAGCACUGACACUUUAUAUCGAAGAUGUGCAUGUCUAACAUGUCCAAAUCCGACAGUGACACGACACAUAUACAUGUGGUUACAUUUAAUUAUUCUAUUUUCUAAAUUAUUAUUGAUAUCAAUGUUUCAAUGUCGCGUCCGGUCUUCAUAUAUGAGUCAGAGCUUCAUAGCUAAAUACAACGUGUUUCGAGGGCUUUUCAUUUCAGUUAAA